GUGACGUCGCAUCCGUAAACACAAGUCAACGGCAAUGAGGAAUCUGUUAGCCGGAUGUUUUUUGUUGAUUUACCCAUUAUAUUUGGUUUCUGAAUAUCUGAGAUGUCUCAUACUGAACCCUCCUGUACGACCCUCGAUGACGAAGAAAACCGUUGUGAGCCUGUUGGUGAAAGAAACGAGGAUAUGAAAAAGGAUUCUGCUGAGGAAGAGUGUGUGAUUGUGGGAACUGUCUCCAGCAGUCCAGAUAAGAGUAAGAGGGAUCGAAUUAUAAAAGAAGUGGGAAUCAAGAGCACCACAUUUAUUGAUCCAGCUUUUCCUCCAGAGAAAAACACAAAUUGUAAAAAGGACUCCACUGAGGAAGACUGUGUGAUUUUAGGAGCUGUCCUCAGCAGGCCUGAUAGAAGUAAGAGGAAGCGGGUGUUUAAGGAAGUCAGAAGUAAAGGUGCCACAGUUUUUGAUUCAGCUUUUCCUCCAGAAAAAUGCAAAGAAAAUGUGAAGGAGAACGCUACUGAGGAAGACUGUGUGUUUGUUGGAAGUGUCUCAAGCAGUCUAGCUAAAAGAGCAAGGGAGCGUGAGUUAAAGGAAGUCAGAGUCAAGGGCACCACGUUAGAUGGUCGAGUUCCUCCAGAGAGAUACACAGAAGAUAUGACAGAUGACUCUGAUGAGGAAGACUGUGUAAUUUUAGGAGCAGUCUCUAGCAGUCCAGAUAAAGGUGAGAGGGAGCGAGUGUUAAAGGAAGUCGGAUUCACUAGCACUGCAUUCAUUGGUCCUGCAUUUCCUCCAGUGAAAAACACAGUCAAGCCUGAUAUUGAAGACACAUUGAGUGACUUUUAUAAAGAGCUUGCGCAGAUUGAUACACCUGAUGGUGCCAGUAAUAACCAAGGCAAACAAGAUACCUGUUUGACACAGCAAACCACACCGUCAAACCUGCCUCAAAGCAAAGAUACACAAGUUGUGAAAGAGGAGCAAACUGUAACCCCCGGUAAAACAGUCAGCAUCCAGAGUAGCGGUGUACAGAAACAACUGUCUUGGCAACACUGGUAUGAAAAUCAGCCCUACUAUCCCAGAACACCAAGGCCAGACUUGGACCACAGCAUCAGUAGAAGUGCUCCACCUCAGAAUCACUGGCAUCAUCCUCAAACAACAAACAGACCACCAAACCCAAGAUUUCACACACCCCCAUUUUAUCCUCCACCAUUUCCACCACCUCCAUUCCCAAACCCACAAAAUCCCCCACCACAUGUAAAUCCGAACUUUGGCGGUUUCACCAACCAGCAUCAAGAAGAUCCUAAUUUCAUACCAUUGUCUAAUUCCCCAUCUCCAGAUGUUUGCAGUCAACCAUCUCAGGGCUUUUACAGAGACUCUCCACAGCACUUUGACAGGGAUGAACGGUUCUGUGGUUAUGAUGGUCAUUCAGAUAAUGUCAACUCUGAAUGGUCUACUGAUAGAGAGGAAGAGGGGUCUCAGUUUGGUGAAGAUUAUGGCAGGGGUCAGAGGAAUGGUCCAGAAAAUGAACCGUAUGACCGUUACUUCCAACAUCCUGAAAACACUAAUGCACAUCACUCCUCCUUGGUGCUGAUCUUGAUGAGGGGUUUACCAGGAUCUGGGAAAUCAACUUUGGCCAGGGAGCUGCUCUCCACUGGUCCCAGUGGGCUGAUACUGAGCACAGAUGACUACUUUGCUCAUGGUGAUGGCUACAGGUAUGAAGUAGGUCUCCUUGGAGAAGCACAUGAUUGGAACCAAAGAAGAGCUAAAGACGCCAUGCUUGAUGGCCGAUCUCCCAUCAUCAUUGACAACACAAACAUUCAAGCCUGGGAAAUGAAGCCGUAUGUCAAAAUGGCCAUGGAGAGAGGAUACAGAGUUGACUUUUGUGAACCAGACACCAGCUGGAAGUUUGAUCCUUGUGAACUGGAGAAGAGGAACAAGCAUGGUGUUAACCAGGAGAAGAUCGCACAGAUGAUGGAUCGUUUUUCAUCUCCCGUAUCCAUCGACAUCGUCAUGAGUUCACAAGAACCGCAGCAUGUGAACCAGAGACGUAAACCCAAUCAGCCUUGGAACAGGAGGAAUAACAGACAUUUCAGGUAGUCUUUACAGAUGUUAGCUAGUAUUUCCAGAUGUUCAUAAUCUUUGCCUUGAAGAACAACACUUUUGUAAUUGUGCAAAUUUUGAUAGUCGCUUUAUCUACAUAAAUUGUAAUAAGUUAUUUUGUUAAAUAUAAUUUUUGUAAAGAAAGAGGAAAUUUAUUUUUUCUAUGAAAAAAAGUAUGAUUGUAAUAAAUGUUAAAGAAGUUGCCUCAUUUUUUCA